AUGGCUGCGGUGGUAUAUUUGAAGAUGACAAGUUCGGAUGGUGUGAGUGUCCCUUUAGCUACUGCUAAAACCAAGGCUCCUCUCAAGCAACUCACCAUCCCGAGACUUGAGCUCAACCCCGCAGUCAUGCUUGCGAAACUCACAAGGUAUGUGCGUGUUCAAUUCAACCUUGAUAACGCUCCUGCAGAAGCAGGUGAGCGUAUCAAGUGUCCUGUGUUCCUCUGUCCUGUGUUCCUGUGGGCAGACUCAGCUGUUACCCUGGCGUGGAUCAGCUCUCAUCCCUCCCGGUGGAAGGAAUAUGUGCAUAACAGGGUAGCCAGUAUACAGGAACUGGUUCCAGGAGCGAAGUGGCGAUACAUCAGCGGUAAGGAGCAUCCUGUUGCUUGUGCUUCUCGGGGCAUCACUGUAGCUCAACUCAGUGCUCAUAAGCUGUGGUGGAUGGGUCCAAAGUGGCUGCAGUUGGACUCCUCUCAGUGGCCAAAAGAGAAUGCCAAACUGGAUCCGUCAGCGAAUCUGGAAGAGAAGCCCGCAUCCAUAUUUACCGUUUCCAUGGGCUCUACUCUCUGGGAUUUCAUCAUCAAGUACUCCUCUCUCUACAAAUUGCUGCGCAUAACAGCAGCUAGGCUGUAUUGGGUCAGAGCCGCUCAGGCUCAUUAUCUGCAGUCGGAGUGCAGCAUUAUCUAUCAUGGUCAACAACUUGGGAGGUCUCAUCCGUUGACCAAACUGACUGCCUUCAUGGACCAUCAAGGUGUUCUCCGAGUGGGCGGAAGAUUGAAGUUCUCUAACCUGCACCCAGAGAGUAAACAACAAGCGAUCGUUCCCAAAGAUUCCGAGCUGGCUGAACUUCUCAGUAGGGACUCUCAUCAGCGAACGUUGCAUAGUGGGACUCAACUCACGUUGACGCAUCUCAGGAGGUUUUACUGGAUUAUUGGAGAAAGAGCGCCAGUAAGAUCGUUCAUUCUCAAGUGCGUGGAAUGUGCCCGCCAACGUAGAGUACGUGCUCAGCAACUGAUGGGGCAGCUUCCACCGGCACGUCUGUCUCCAGGACGUGCCUUCUCUAACACUGAUGUAGAUUACGCUGGACCAGUGUCCAUCAAGACGUGGAAGGGGUGUUGUUAUAAAACCCAAAAGGGUUGGUUAGUGAUCUUCGUUUGCAUGGCCACGUCAGCACUUCAUCUGGAAGCUGCCACCGACUACUCUGCUGAUGGGUUCAUUGCUGCCUAUCGGAGAUUCGUGAGUCGUCGAGGUCGUUGCAGGAACCUCUUCAGUGAUUGUGGAACGAAUUUCGUUGGUGCAGACAAGGAGCUGAAGAGGUUGUUCUCCGCUGGAUCAAAGGAGUUUCAGCAUCUCACAGCAGUUUGCCUGCAAGACGGUACUCGGUGGUCUUUCAAUCCACCUGGGGCCCCUCAUUUUGGAGGAAAACGGGAAGCAGCGGUAAAAUCAGUGAAGUAUCAUCUCUCUCAAAUGAUUCGGGAUACUACACUGACGUUCGAGGAACUCUCGACGUGUUGUGUCUCACUCUUCGGCAUUUUUUGA